CUGAUACCCUCCGCAGGGCUCAAGGAGUAUUGGUACCCGGCCCUGCCGGCCAGGGACGUUGGCUCUAAACGGCCCGCUUCCCUGAAAAUCGCAGAUGAAGAGCUGGUCUUCUUCCGGGACAAGAACGAUGAGGUACAAGCCCUGUGGGACUACUGCCCUCACCGGGGAGUCUACCUCUCCUGGGGCCAGUGCUUCUUCAAAGGGUUCCUGACUUGCCCCUACCACGGGGCCACCUUCGACGGCGACGGCGAGUGCGCCGAGUUCCUCACCGAGGGACCCGACUCCAAGAUGGUGGGCGCUUUCCGGGCCAAGAAGUACCCCACCAUCACCCUGAAGGGGAUGGUGUUCGUCUGGAUGGGGGAGGGCGAACCGGUUGAUCCCAAAGAGGACAUCCCUCAGGAGAUGUUCGAAGGGAAGGAGACCGCCGUUUUCGAAAGCAUCCGCUACUGGGACUGCAACUGGAUGGUCGCGCUGGAGAACACCCACGACUCCCACAACGCCUUCUUCGUGCACCGGAACGCCAUCCGGGUGAUGUUCUCGGCACGGGGCGACAUGGGCGGACGCCCCCGCACCCCAUUGGGCUACCGCUCCCGGCUCAUCAACAACAAGAUGGCCAUGACCGAAUUUGACAACGGCGCCGUGGGGAACUACUACGCCGAUCAAAACGGCGGGGAAGAUGCCCUACAAGAUGUACCAUCCCCGGGUGGGCGCCAACUGGCCCUUGUCCAGUUGGCGGUUGUCCUGGGUCUGGUUCUUCCGGCUGCUGGACCGCUCACGCAAGUCUCCCACAAGGACGACCCCCAGCCCGCGGCAGAUGCAGCACGACGAUAA